AUCUCGUCUUCCUCUCGGCGUCCUCAUGCCUCGGCAGUGCCCCGGCGCCUUCACUUCGCCCCGGGCGCAGUAGCCAUGGCCGCGGUGGCUGUCCUCCGGAACGACUCCCUCCAGGCUUUCCUUCAGGACCGCACCCCCAGCGCCUCCCCAGACUUGGCCAAGCACUCGCCCUUGGCUCUUCUGGCCGCUACUUGUAGCCGGAUCGGGCAGCCGGGCGCAGCGCCCUCGGAUUUCCUGCCGGUCUCCUACGACCCGACGCUGGGAUCCCCCUCUAGGAUCUUCCACCCGUGGAGCGGCGAGAUGCCAGCGCACUCCCCGGGAGGGCUGCCGCCGCCGCAUCCCAGCUUGGGGUUGACCCCUCAGAAGAACCACCUGCAGCCUUCCUUCGGGGGCUCUCACGAACUGCCCCUCACCCCCCCGGCGGACCCCUCCUAUCCCUACGAGUUCUCCCCCGUCAAGAUGCUGCCCUCCUCCAUGGCCGCCCUGCCGUCCAGCUGCCCGCCCGCCUACGUCCCCUACGCCGCGCAGGCCGCCCUGCCGCCCGGGUACUCCAACCUGCUUCCGCCCGCCCAGCCCUGCCGGCAGCUGUCGCCCAACCCGCCGCCCGAGGACAUCCCCUGGUGGAGCAUCCAGCAGGCCAGCGCCCCGGGCGGCUGCGGCCACCGCUUCCCCGCGGCGGCAGCGCUGCCGCGGAGCCUGGUGCUGGGGCACUCGGACUUCGCUCAGUACCAGACGCAGAUCGCCGCCCUGCUGCAGACCAAGUCUCCCCUGGCGGCCACGGCCAGGAGGUGCCGCCGCUGCCGCUGCCCCAACUGCCAGUCGGCCGCCGGCAGCGCCCCUGAGGCGGAGCCGGGCAAGAAGAAGCAGCACAUCUGCCACAUCCCCGGCUGCGGCAAGGUGUACGGCAAGACCUCGCACCUGAAGGCGCACCUGCGCUGGCACACUGGCGAGCGGCCCUUCGUCUGCAACUGGCUCUUCUGCGGGAAGAGCUUCACCCGCUCCGACGAGCUGCAGCGGCACCUGCGGACUCACACGGGCGAGAAGCGCUUCGUCUGCCCCGAGUGCGGGAAGCGCUUCAUGCGCAGCGACCACCUGGCCAAGCACGUCAAGACCCACCAGAACAAGAAGCUGAAGGCGGUGGCGGACGGCGUCAAGAGGGAGGACAGCCGCGACCUGUGA